GUCCUGGAAUCAAGAUCGGCGUCUGUUUUCCUAGCACUUGCUCAGAAGCUGAUGUCACUGCCCUUCUCAAUGCAGUGCUGGAGACAGCCAAUACCAGCCUCAGGGUGGGAUCCACCGUCUGCCAGAAGAAGACACAAGACUACAACGCCAACGCCAUCAUUGUACUGUUGGUCCUGUCACUGUUUGUGACGGUGAUGGUAACGGCCACGAUGUACGACAUCGUGUGGGUGCAGAUGCCGAAAUGGGAGAUGGAGAAACAACAAGCAGCAGGAGAUGUGGGGACCACGGUCAACAUCAAGGACACAUCGCAGUCCAUAGAGACGACACCUCUGUUGAAGGACAAACAGCGUCGCAGCAACUGUCUCGGACAACAGGUGUUGCCGCUCAGAUGUUGCUGUCCUUCUCUGUGUACACCAACACCGUCAAACUGUUGUCCCUGUCCCAGCCCCCGGGAUCCAUCUCCAGCAUCCACGGGAUCAGGUUCUUCAGCAUGACCUGGGUCAUCCUCGGACACUCCUUGGCUUUCGCUACUGGAGCCUCACAAAAUGCGGCUUCCUACCUUCCAAGGGCUUUAAAGCACUGGUCGUUCCAAGCCAUUGCCAACGCCACCGUGGCUGUAGACACUUUCUUCACUCUCAGCGGUCUUCUGGUAGCUUACCUGGUGCUGAAGGAGCUGUCCCGCAACAAGGGCAAAAUCAACUGGUUCAUGUUCUACUUCCACAGAUUCUGGAGGCUGACCCCUGCGUAUAUGCUGGUCAUCAUGGUGUACGUCCCACUGUUCAAUCACUGGGGAGAAGGACCACUGUGGCCUCAGGCCGGCAUUGAACCUACCAACUGCAAACAAUGGUGGGGCAACCUCCUCUACAUCAACAAUAUCCUCGACAUAGAGAAUCUGUGCAUGGGUUGGUCCUGGUACCUGUCGAACGACAUGCAGUUCUACAUCCUCAGCCCCCUCGUCUUCAUGCCGUUCUUCCAUUCCUGGACGGCAGGGACUGCGUCGGCAAUGACGUUCCUGCUGACGACGUUCAUCACCUCCGGCAUCACCUCCAAACAUUACGGCCUCCCUGCCAGCAUGUUAACCAACCCUGGUAAGACUCUGGUGUAUAUGGACAAAUACUACUUCAAACCCUACACCCGUAUCGGGCCCUACAUCGUGGGUCUGUGGGUUGGCUACCUGCUCUACAAGACCGACUGCAAGUAUAAAAUGUCCAAGGCUGUAAAUUUGUUAGGAUGGGCCACAGCGACGGCCGUCUCCCUUGCGGUGUUGUAUGGCCUUUACAACGAUACCAAUGGACACCCUCUCACCGUCGACGAAGCCGCAUUCUACAACGCCAUGCACAGGACUGCUUGGGGAGGAUGUGUAGCGUGGGUGGUGUUUGCAUGUGCAACUGGGAAUGGAGGCUUCGUGAACACCCUGCUGUCCUGGCGUGCCCUCAUCCCCUUGAGUCGUCUCACCUACACCUGCUACCUUGUCCACCCCGUCAUGAUGUACAUCUACUACUACGGUCGACAGCAGCUCUAUUCCUUCUCUACAUUAGAUGUGAUAUGGACGUUCUUUGGCAACCUGACAGCUACCUACAUCAUAGCAUAUGUGACAUCUCUUGCAUUUGAGGCUCCGAUGAUGGGGCUGGAAAAGACCCUCCUCAAGAGAAAGAAAUCAUAGCACCAGCACACCAAACUCCAUCAUAUUAAAUGAAAUUACAGAGACAUUUUGACCACAAGUGCAAUGUUUUCCUCCUCACAAACACAAAGUAUGUCUCCACAUUUUCAGCAGAUUAACAUUUAUCAAUAUUCAUAUCUAAGUGCUGUUUCUGCAAGACUGUGUACACCAUGCUCCAUAUAACCAGGGGUGGAAAUAACUUUAAAAUUGCUAGUGAGCUCCGGUACAUUGGCACAUGUAAAAUCACUUGCACUGAUAAUUU